GUCCACCAGAAAACACCGUGAGACCUUUAACAGCAGAGGAGCACUCCGCCAAGCCCCUCUUCAUAAUCUAUCUCUGCUGGACGAGUGAAACUUCACACAAAGGCAUCUAGAAUCAGGAUUGUAGGCACACACUGAAGUUUAAGAACUUCACCUGAAUCAUGGGGAACAUUUUUGGGAAUUUGCUGAAGAGCCUCAUAGGGAAGAAGGAGAUGAGGAUCUUGAUGGUGGGGCUCGAUGCCGCAGGGAAAACGACAAUCCUCUACAAGCUCAAACUGGGGGAAAUAGUCACCACAAUCCCAACCAUUGGGUUUAACGUGGAGACGGUAGAGUACAAGAACAUCAGCUUCACUGUGUGGGAUGUAGGUGGGCAGGACAAGAUCCGGCCUCUCUGGAGACACUACUUUCAAAACACACAGGGUCUGAUCUUUGUGGUGGACAGUAAUGACAGAGAGCGUGUGAACGAGGCACGGGAGGAGCUGAUGAGGAUGCUGGCUGAGGACGAACUGAGAGAUGCAGUCCUCCUUGUGUUUGCCAAUAAACAGGACUUACCGAACGCCAUGAAUGCUGCCGAGAUCACAGACAAGUUGGGCUUACACUCUCUGCGCCACCGUAACUGGUACAUCCAGGCCACCUGCGCCACCAGCGGCGACGGCCUCUAUGAGGGUCUUGAUUGGCUGGCCAAUCAACUCAAGAACAAGAAAUAAGAAGAAAUCUAAAAAGCAGCCAGCAGCCACACCCGUCCAACUUUUUAUUUGUUUUGGGACAUGGCGUGUGCAAGGGUUUUGAUUGAUUGGUGAAAUGCAAGAUUCUGGGUUUGGGGGAGAUUUUAGGCUUUCAUUUUCAGUCUGUUGAGGUUCCUAAUAGUUUUCAGCGCUUAUUGAAAACAGAUUCUCAUGUUCUUCAUAUUUAAUCACUCACACACACACACACACACACGAAUGCACACUAACCCUAAGCAAUCACAGCAGACACUUGCUUUUCCUGUGUCCACCUUUUGUCCUUGUCCAGGUGCAAUGUACUGUAGGUUAGUCUCUAGGUGCUGUACCAAGUCAUGUGACUGAGUCAGCAAUGAGUCAAAUAUGACUUUUUGUUGAUGUACGUCUUUCAACUGUCAGUCGUCCAUGCAAAGAACUGUUCUGUGCCAGUUGCACUUCCUGUUUGUUUGUUUGUUUGUUUGUUCGUUUUUUAACAGAGCCAUGUUUGGGAACAAUCACAAAUGGCAGAUUCAAGUCACCACAAUUCACUUUAAUGGUUCUCUCUUUUAAUUUGUGAGCAAUGCUGAGGCACUUUGAUACUCAGAUAGAGUGUGUACGUGUGUGUGUGUGUGUGUGUGUGUGUGUUUGUGCAAGCGGCCUAGUCAGUGUUAAACGCAAACAACUCUCUGAAACAGAAAAAGACAACAGGACUGGAGCUUCCUCCUCCACACGUCCUCUUACUGCCUCAUUUUGGAAAUCUUUUGAUAUCUGUGGCGUGUUUCUGUGUGUGGCAACCUGGAGCAUCAAAUCCGCCCUUUUUAAAUAUUUUAAAAUGCUCUACACGUCCUUGACUGCCUGAACUGCAUGCAUCCUAGUAGAUCUCGCUGGCAUUGUUGCACACUCUUCCAUCCUCUGAGCUGCAUGGAUGUUGAUGCUGUUUGUAGGUUUUCUGUAACUCAUCGUGUUCUGGUGCUGUAUACAGUAUAGGAUGCAGAAACUAACCAAACCACCAACUUCUGCAUUAGUUGUCAUGCUCUAAAUACAGUAUAGUCAGCUUAAUGGUCUUCUAAUGUAAAAGCAGUAUUUAGGUUAACCUGCACAUAAACACGACACACAUGACCCACGCAGCUGCUGCUUGUCUGCAUUCAUGUGUGUCCAUAUGAGUAUUCAAACUGCAUCAGGUUGCUCUCGCUUUUUUUUUGUCUCAGACUUGCAUAUCGGGGGGUUGAUUCUGUUGCUGAUGAGUCCGUGUUACCGAAUGUGAAUAUUGUUGAUGAAUCUAUAUAUGGCUGUAAUGAUAUUUAUUUGACAUGCAUAUUCCUUUAUUUCAGUGACAAGUGUGUCAGCAUAAUUAUGUGAAAGAAAGCAGGGUAAGUGGAUCAAUUCAUUCACUUCUGAACAGCAGACGAGUUACCGCGUCACCACUGAUACCAGCAGAAUCCACAGACUUCUGUCAAUAAAACUUAUUUCUCUGUGCCAUACAUGGGUACUUCUACUCAUAUACCAGUGACAGUACAACAAAUUGUAAGUCCACUCCACUUAGUUAUGAGUGCAUUGUUCCACAUCUAUCAUACGUUAAAUCAUGAGUUUGAUCAUUUGGGUUUUGUGGCCUUAUAUUUAGUGGUGACUUCAAAUUGAUUUCCUCUCGGCUUGUGCGUUUCUGAUUUUAAGUCACAUAUAUUUAUCUAUAAAGAAUGAUUUACAGAUUUAUUUCUCUAUGCCCUCAAAAGGCAGGUUUUGCACCACAGUUCAGGAUGAUUAGGCAAAGGUUUUGUCUUCUGUUUUACCAGUAUACUAGAUUCAUAUUUAGUGGUAGAUUUCUUUUGGUUUUCUUUGGGGUGUAAAGAAACUUUGAUGUAGACUGUGUCUGUGAAACAAUGAUAAUCCGUGCGAACAAAAAAAACAAAGAAAAGAAAAAUACUUCUGAUGAUUCAUUCUGUACCGUUAUAGUUACACAAGUAGAUUUAAAAACGGUGAAGACCAUGUUUCAAUGCUGAAAGCAAGGAAACAUCUGUAUGUGAUGUAAGACAACAAACAAAAAUCCUGCUGUAUUACAAA